AUGUCUUUUGGGUGCAAUAAAAUCCUUAUCAUUGGCACCACCUCCGAGAUUGGCAAGACUCUCGCCGACAAGGUCAUUCAGAAUGGCUCUAAGUUGAUUGUCUCCGGUCGUAGACAGGAAACCCUGGAUGAGCUUGUCCAGAAGUAUGGAAGCGACAAAGUGUCUGCAAAGGCAUUCGAUGUCGUGCAACUCGAGCAGGCGAGGUCACAAUGGCGGAGAAGAAAUAGUCGAAACCGCCUGUCCUUUACAAGCCGCCAAGAUCAGCUCACUGAAAUUUGA